UAUUCUGCUUUCUAAUUGCUCUUAUUAUUUUCUUACUCGUUCAAUUGGCUUGUUGAAUUUUUCGUCAGAAGGGUGUCGAUCUUAGAGCUGAAAAUUGUGAAUUUCUGCGGCUCGUUAUCUUUUAUGAUAAUCAUUUUCUGCAUAAGCUGAUGUGGUUGAUUGAUCUUAUGCUACUAAAUUCCUGCUUUGCUUGCUGUUUGAUGAGUGCGGGAUUCCUUUAAACUUACCUCGAGAUGAUAGAGGCUGAACAAAUUCUUGCGAUUUUUCCAUUUGAUGGUUUAUCUUGGCAGCAAAAUCUUUUGUCUUGGAGCGAUUGCAAGGAAGGUCUUCAUGAUUACGCCUAAAAAGGACAAAUAAUUGAAGGGAACUAUGCGUGUGGGUCAUCUUCGUCAACUAAGAAUUUUACAAACUGGAAUUCAUUCUAAAAUAGAAUGGUGUGAACAGAUAAUUGAUUGUGUGUGUAGCUGUAGGACCAGAGGCCGAAUCCCUUAUUAACAUUUCCGGUGGGUUGGCAUGAGCUGACUUCAUUUUAUUAAAGGAGGAAUUGUGAGCUAAAUCGUGAAGAUUAUCUCUCCUUUUGAGUCUCUGUACCUUCAAAAACUACACAAGUGAAUAUUCAAUUGUCAAUCUUCUAGAUGUGCACGGAGCCUGUUGAAGAGAGUGUAAGUCGUGUCAAGGUAGUGGUAUCAUACUUAUUCCUUGUUAAUAGAAAGGAAACCCUUACCUGCCUCCUUCUUGCGCUGUAAAUGGAAGAUCUAAUAAUUGUUUGAGCAUUGCCUCUGCUAGGCUGAUCUACAUAAAAAUGGAAGGGUCCAUUAUGUCCUUCAAGAUUUUUUUGUGAAUGGUGUCUGCAUCUGAUGAUAUAAAUUAUCUCAUGAUAUAGCUGCAAUCGUAUUAACAUUCUUUUCUUUCUUUAUCCUACAUAUAGAUUUUCUCUUCUCUUUGAUGUUAUGGAGAUCUUUGUGACAGGUUAGAAAGUGUGAUGCAGCAGAAAAAAUAGAUUAAACAUAUUAAAUUCCAGCUUCUCUUUCUUUUUCCUCCUCCUCUCCUUUUGUGGGCUUUUAGGAGACAGAGAAUGCAUAUUUGUUCUACAAUUUCAAGAACAAUAUGCACAAGUUAUCUAUGUAUAAUAAGAUUUUUUUUUUCACCAUACAAUAAUUUAUUCUGCAAGGGUGCAAUGCAGCAUAAUGAGUACUGAUGAAAAAGUAGCUGGGAUUUCAUCUUCCGGAAUUGUGGAUUCAAGUAGUUGGUGUCAGCUGGAAAUUUGUUAUCCAGUUUCCAUGAAGCAAGCUAUUCAAUACUCCAUAGAUCAUAAAGUUACCAAGUGUUCACCUUCUCCUGUACUCUCUUUUGUGGAGAGAGAGCCUCAAGAUACAGAAACUUCUCAUGUAACAGCUUUUCAUUCAGAACAUGGACGCCCAGAGUCAGGAAAUGAGUCAACUUCAUCUAAGACCAUGCGAGAUGUACAUAUUUCAAUGAGAUUAAUGGAGGACUUUCUUGAGCUUGCUAAAGAAAAUACAGAGAAGGAUCUGGAAACAUGUGGUAUACUAGGUGGUUUUCGUGCAAAGGGAACCCUCUACAUGACCACACUGAUAAUACCGAAGCAGGAAUCAACUUCCAGUUCUUGUCAGGCUAUGAACGAGGAGGAAGUUUUUGCAAUUCUAAAUGAGAGAUCCCUUUUACCUGUGGGAUGGAUCCAUACCCAUCCUUCUCAAAAUUGUUUCAUGUCAUCCGUGGAUCUGCACACUCAAUAUUCUUAUCAGGUAAUGGUUCCUGAGGCUUUUGCCAUUGUCCUGGCUCCUAAAGACACCUCAAGGAGCUGUGGACUCUUCCGGAUAACUGACCCUGAUGGAAUGAGCAUUCUUAAAGGUUGCCAAGAUACAGGAUUUCAUGCCCACAAAGACCCAGAUAGUGGAAAUCCCAUGUACGAGACAUGCUCCAAUGUCUACAAAAACUCCAAUAUGAGGUUUGAAAUCUUUGACUUGCGCUGAAAAUGGCUUUGUUCAUAACACAGGUCUAUUUUUCGGACACACGGACAGAGGUGACCUGAAACAACUUGCCUUUCUUUUAGUUCAGCAAACGUGUAACAUUUUGGCAUAUAUAACUUAUUCCAAGGAGACAAUAAAAGCUCAUCAAGGCAUCCCAUUUGAUAGGCUUUUAUUGGUCCUUUGUAUAGCCAGCAGGUACUAGGUGGUGUAAAAAAAAAAAAAAUGUCAGUUCCGUAGGUGGAGACUUGAAGAAGUAAAGUGGGUUUAGCACCUGUACUCAUAGUCUUUGUCCGUAUUGUGUUGUGCCACUGGGGAACCAACCUGAACUUUAGUUGUGAGAAGCAGACUACAUAAGGGUUUCUUUUAUAUAUCUGCUUGCCUCAGCA